AUGGAGGCAAAUUUAUUCAUCCAGUGCGGGAAGGGAACUAUUUCGCUGUACCCCUCCAACCCCGCAACUCGCCUCAUGCGCCCGCACAGGCCAUCGAUAGAUUACAUUCUCUCGAAUCGAAGUACAGCUUUUCAAGAUUGUCGAGUUAUAAAUAAUUUAAACUUUAAUAGUAACCAUAGACCUGUCAGAGCCAAGCUAAAACUAAACACUUCUAAGAAAAGUCCUUUUAAAGCAAAUCUAACAAACAAAACCACAAGCCAGAAUAUCAAUGGACUUAAAGAAAAGCUAAUAAACUUCAUAGAAAACACAAAAGACCUACACAUACAAGACACAUACAACAAACUGCAAGAAAUUAUAAAUGAAAAGGCCCCAGGAAAAGCUUCGGAUACUAGAAAGAAUAAAAUAUCAUGGUUAUCAGAUAAAACAAAGCAGCUACUAGAAGAUCGAGCUAACCUUUUCUCAACAUCUAAUAAAACAAAAGAUAUAAGAAAGAAAAUAACAGUAAUUAGCAAACAAAUAAACAUCAAUAUGAGGAAAGAAAGACAAAAAUUUAGGUUAGAAAAACUAGAGAAAUGUAUUCAGAAAACAGGCGGAGUAAGGAAAGCAUUAAAAGAACUAUCAGGAAAACGAGACUGGAUACCCAAUAUGAAAGACAGAAACGAUAGAAACACGACCAGAAGACCAGAAAUAAUUACAAGAGCAACCGAUUUCUUUAAAAAAUUAUACUCAAGCCAAAUCACAACACCAAAAAUAGAUUUAUCUGGACAGGAAUGUAUACAACAGUAGCACAGUUAAAUAAAAACAGAAAGAGAAGGUGAAGAAACAAAAAUUCAAAGAGGAGUCCGCCAAGGAGAUCCUUUGUCACCGAAGUUGCUUACUGCGGUUCUGGAGAACGUUUUUCGUCAACUAAACUGGGAAACAAGAAGGCUGUUAAUAGAUGGAGACAACUUAACCCAUUUAAGAUUUGCAGAUGAUUUGAUAAUCUUUUCACCAACAAAAAAUGAACUUCAAGCAAUGCUUGGAGAACUAGACGAGGAAAGUCGGAAGGUAGGACUGAUUAU